GAUAGCAUACGUAAACUCUACAGCAUUCAAAUCCGUGUUAUCUGUCUUUGAACGUUGUUAGAGAUACGCCAGAACUCGCAGACACAGUCAGCUACAGAAAGCAGUAAAACAUUUUUCAUGCGUUUGCCCUAGUGCCCUGUUCGAAUUUCAAUAUAGCAACCAACACACCAGUGAAAUUGUUAUGCGUCUCCCGUCCGUUUCACUGAACCGCCGUUGCUUCAAAUGGUGCCUCCUUGUUGCUCUCGCCUUCAUGGCGGUUUCGGCAAUCCAUUGGACUUUUCUUCUGUCGCCAACCCCCAACUAUAUAACACCAACAAGGAAGUUCGCCUUCAUGAAAAAUCACAAAUGCGGAAGCAGUACGAUCGAAAACAUUAUAUUCCGAUUUGCAAACAAGAAUCACUUGAAUGUAGUGUUACCCGACAGCGGGAAUUAUCUCUCGACGACCGACCUAUUCAAUCACAAAUCGCUAGCUAACGCAAAAUGGAAGGAUUUACCUUUCGAUAUUUUCUCCCUGCACAAUCGCUGGAAUAGGAAUGAAGUGAUGAAGGUGCUGGAUGACGAGGUGCCGACUUUCACCAUAGUGAGAGACCCAGUUGAAGUUUUUGUGUCCAUGUUUCAUUAUCAAGAUAAAUUUCGAGAGUUUUAUGGCGUUAAAGAUAUUCACGAUAUGGUGGUCAAAAUUAAAGAAAAUCCGUCUGCACCUGAACUGAACCAACGCUGGAUGAAAUAUGUGGGUCGCAAUCAAAUGUCCUGGGACAUGGGUCUGUCGCCGGAGAUCUUCGACAACGAAGUGGCCAUGAAGAGCGAAAUUGAGCGAUUGGAUCGCGAGUUCGAUCUCGUGAUGGUGUCCAACAGAAUGGACGAAUCUCUAGUCCUGCUAAUGCACUUGCUCCACUGGGGUUUCAAAGACGUUAUCCAUCUGGAUUUGAACCGGAGGAAACCGGACAAGUCCAGCGCAUUGAGCGAUGAAGAGUUGGAUGUGCUCUCCAACUGGUUGGCAGCUGACGCUCAACUCUUCAAGUAUUUUUAUCGCCGAUUCGACGAAAGAGUGGCAGAGCUAAAUCAAAAAUAUUCUUCAGUCUUCGAUUUAUUUUGGCGUAGUGGCGCCGACGAAGAGGCCAACUACGUCGAAUAUCAGACGAAAAUGCUAAAGGAAGCCAACCGCGAACUUUACGACUUGUGCGUUGUACAAGAAGUGGGCAACGAAAAAUUAUCGGGCGUUUUCAAAGAGACUAACGAUAAUAUUAUGGGAUAUGUCAUCAACAAAGAAGAGGAAGGAUGUGCCAUGUUUGCGAUGAGCGAACCAGCUUUCUUGAAAAUAUUCAGAAACCAACUUCUCUCCCAAGCAUUAGAUCCCUCGUGAGGAUUUUUGUUAGCAACGUGAUUGUGAUUUUACAUAAAUGUAUGUCCUUAAUUAUGUUCGAAAUGUAUUGAAUUUAUGUUGCCAGCUUUUUU